AUGCCCACUGUUCACCUUCUUGACUAUGUUGCUGGGAAUGUCCGCUCCCUAGUCAAUGCGAUUAAUAAGGUUGGAUAUGAAGUCGAAUGGGUCAGGUCGCCGAGUGAUCUGAAAAAUGCUGAGAAACUCAUCUUGCCUGGUGUUGGCCAUUUCGGCCACUGUCUUUCGCAGUUAGCGGAGGGGGGUUAUUUGGAGCAUAUCAAGCAACAUAUAGAGUCAGGGAAACCUUUCAUGGGAAUCUGUGUCGGAUUACAGGCCCUCUUCAACGGAUCUGAAGAGGACCCCGAUGUUCCUGGAACGGGCUUGAUCCCAAUGCGAAUGAAACGGUUCGAUGCUACCACGAAAAGUGUGCCACAUAUCGGGUGGAACUCUGCCGUCAACACCAGUAGCGGCGAUUCAGACAAUCAAACGUUCUACGGACUGAACCCAGAGAGCAAGUAUUACUACGUGCAUUCGUACGCGGCGCUUUAUGAACCUGGAAUUCUUGAGAAGGAUGGCUGGUCGGUUGCUACGGCCACGUACAAGGACGAGGAAUUUAUUGGAGCGAUAGCAAGAGGCAAUGUCUUUGCUACUCAAUUCCACCCGGAAAAGAGCGGACAGGCUGGGCUACGUACGCUCCGAGCGUUUUUGAACGGGAACCAAGUCCAAUCGCUCAAACAAACCUCGACAACCGGGAGAAAAGAGGAUGGCUUGACACGCAGAAUUAUCGCAUGCCUUGACGUUCGUACGAAUGAUGCUGGUGAUCUUGUUGUCACGAAAGGUGACCAAUACGAUGUCCGAGAGAAAAGUGGCGUUGACGCCGGAGGCCAAGUAAGGAAUUUGGGAAAGCCUGUUGACAUGGCCAAGAAAUAUUACGAGCAAGGGGCCGAUGAAAUCACUUUUUUGAACAUCACAUCUUUCAGGAACUGCCCGCUCGUGGACACCCCGAUGUUGGAAAUCCUGCGAAGAGCAUCGGAGACCGUGUUUGUGCCGUUGACCAUUGGAGGUGGCAUCAAGGAUACCGUUGAUACAGAUGGUACCCAUUUUUCAGCUCUCGAUGUUGCGACCAUGUAUUUCAAAUCCGGCGCUGACAAAGUCAGCAUUGGCUCAGAUGCAGUUACUGCAGCCGAGCAAUUCUAUGAGGCUGGCAAACGGUUGUCUGGCCAGACAGCUAUAGAGACAAUAUCAAAGGCCUAUGGAAACCAAGCAGUGGUUGUGAGCGUUGACCCGAAACGUGUAUACGUUAGCAGACCCGAAGACACAAACCACCACACUAUAAAAUCGAAGUACCCGAACGCUGCUGGACAAGAUUAUUGUUGGUAUCAAUGCACCAUCAAAGGUGGAAGGGAGAGCCGCGACCUCGAUGUCCGACAGUUAGUGCAAGCUGUGGAGGCAAUGGGUGCUGGGGAAAUCCUUCUCAACUGCAUCGAUAAGGACGGAAGCAACAGUGGAUUCGACCUAGAGCUGAUCAAUGACGUGAAGGCUGCAAUUAAGAUACCUGUCAUCGCAUCAAGUGGUGCUGGCGUUCCCGACCAUUUUGCAGAGGUCUUCGAUCACACAACAACUGAUGCAGCCCUAGGUGCAGGGAUGUUUCACCGUGGUGAAUAUACAGUCAGCGCCGUCAAAGAUCAUUUGAAGAGCAAAGGACUUCUUAUUCGAGACUUCGAAACCGAUUUCUAG